AUGGCAGACUUCAAGCCGUACAGCGAGCAACCCGAGCUCCACGCCAAAGCACCCUACCGUGCCGCUAUGCUCACGCAACCUGCAAACCUCAAACAAGCACUUAAAGACGCCCAGGCAGAUGCGAGUAAGACCCUCAUGGGCAUUGCACAAGGUAUCCCAAGCACCUUUGUGACCAAGUUGAUUGCCUCCACCAAGCCGGAUUUCAUCUGGAUGGAUGUUGAGCACGGCAUGUACAACAGGUUGACGUUGCACGAUUGCAUUCACGCAGCUCAGCAUCAUUCCGAGGGUAAAUCAAUGGUCAUCUGCCGUGUACCGAAGCACGAUGAGCUCAGCCUUACCACUGCCCUCGACGCAGGAUGCGCCGGUAUCGUCAUCCCACAUGUAGAGAGUGCGCAAGAAGUCCGAGACUUCAUUAAGGAAAUGUACUUUGGCGGCGGCAAAGGCCAUCGUUCAUUCAGCCCUUGGACAUUUACACCUGGUAUGGUACAAUCGCUCUACCCCAACGACCCCUACAACGUUCAAACGGCCAACAACCACGUCUGCCUCAUCCCCCAGAUCGAAUCUCUAAAGGGCCUUGAGGCUUGCGAAGAGAUUGCUGCUGUAGAGGGCAUUUCCGGUCUCAUGUUUGGUCCUGGCGAUUACAUGAUUGACGCUGGCAUGGACAUACAUUCAUUCAUGAACGGAAACCCCGAUCCGAAGUUCUUCGAAGCCAUGGGGACAUUCAAUGCGGCGGCUGCCAAGUAUGAUCUGCCUAUCUUUGGUGGUGUGAUGGGGCUCGACCAGAUACCCAUGGCUAUCCAAACUGGUAUGCGAGGUAUCGCAGUGCAAUUCGAUGUCUGGGGUACUACACGGCUCUUUGCGAGUUCUUUGGAAGCGGGCUGGAAACAUGCGAAGAGCUUUGAGGGAAAUCCGAAGCCGAGUAUGGCGAACGGACAGGCGAAGCCGGCUGAGUAG